AUGAAUACAACAUCAGAAACUUAUGAAAUUGAUUCGAACUUAAACAUUAUUAAAAACACGCUAGGUGUAAUUGGAGCUAUCGGAGACGCAGCCCAACCAUACUUACCUCUAAUUUCGACUGUGACAACUAUUAUUACAGAAAUAUUUAAUAUUUACGAAAAUGUUCAAUAUAAUAAAAAUAUUUGUAACUCUUUGAUGGACCGAGUAGCUGCUGCUGAGGCAGCUAUUAAAAUUUUAGAAAGGAGGAAACAAAAUUAUGAAAAAAAUUUCCGUGAUAUCAAUUACUAUAAAACCUUCUUAAAAUUCAUCGACGUGAUGGAAAGGAUGAAACAAUUCAUUAAAGAUGUGUCAACCCUAUCUGGGUUUAAAAAGUUAAUGCAUGUUAAUUUUGUUAAAGAAAAGUUCGGAUCGCUUAUUAAUGAAUUUGAAACUACCAUGAAUGAUUUACAAUUUGCAACAAUGCUCUUUAACGACGAACAGAGAGAAAUAGAUGCAAUAGCUCUUAAGUCUGACCUAGAAGAAAUGUCAAAGUUUUUGGAAGUAAUUGGCGGUGGUGUCGUUGAUGCUAAUCAAAAUAUUAACAAUGUUCUGAAAGAAGUAUUAAUUAUUAAAAAUCAAUUGAGAUGCCAAAAUUCUAUUAUUAAAAACAUCAGAGCGACUGAGAUAGAGCCGAGAGAAUUAAAUGACCCUCAGAUUGGAAAUUCUACUGACACACGAGGCAAUAAAGAAUCACCUCUCGUUAAGAAACUGCUAAAUGGAGCUAUUGAAGUCGCCUGUAAACGAACAAAAAUUAUAGAUGAUGGUACAUCUGAAA